GUUGCACGAGGAGGUCAGCGACUUUCGAGUCCAUCUCUCCACGACCGGAGGAGGAGAAGAUGAGGCUAGAGGUUGUGGACAGAAUAAAGGAAGUCAUCCACGACCUGUGGCCCAGCGCUGAGGUCCAAGUGUUUGGGAGCUUCAGCACGGGUCUUUAUCUGCCAACAAGUGACAUUGACCUGGGUUUUGGGAAAUGGGAGACACUCCCGCUGUGGACGCUGGAGGAGGCGCUCCGGAAGAGGAACGUCGCCGACGAGAACUCCAUCAAAGUGUUGGACAAGGCGACGGUUCCCAUCAUCAAGCUGACCGACUCCUUCACUGAGGUCAAAGUGGACAUCAGCUUCAACGUGAAGAGUGGCGUAAAAGCUGCCCGGCUCAUAAAGGAAUUCAAAGAGAAAUACCCCGUGCUGCCUUACCUGGUGCUGGUGCUGAAGCAGUUCCUCCUGCAGAGGGACCUGAACGAGGUUUUCACCGGAGGGAUCGGCUCCUACAGCCUGUUCCUCAUGGCUGUCAGUUUCCUGCAGCUUCACUACAGGGAGGAUGUGUGCAGUCCCAACAUCAACUUCGGCGUUCUGCUCAUCGAGUUCUUUGAGCUCUACGGUCGCCACUUCAACUAUCUGAAGACAGGCAUCCGGAUCGCUGACGGAGGCUGCUACGUGGCCAAAGACGAGGUUCAGAAGAGCAUGGACAGCUACAGGCCCUCCAUGCUCUACAUCGAGGACCCUCUGCAGCCAGAUAACGAUGUGGGUCGCAGUUCAUACGGGGCCAUGCAGGUGAAGCAGGCGUUUGACUACGCCUACGUGGUGCUCAGCCACGCCGUGUCCCCCAUCGCCAAAUACUACCCCAACAACGAGACCGAGAGCAUACUGGGUCGAAUCAUCCGAGUCACACAGGAAGUGGACGACUACAGGGAAUGGAUCCGGAAGAACUGGGGGAGCCCGUCUCAGAACGACCUGCCGCUCAACAAAAAUGACGUCAGGCAGUUUGAGUCCAAGCAGCUCGAUGAGUGCAACAACAACGUCCCGGAUGAUGAUGAAGAUGACGACGAAGAUGAAGAUGUUGUUGUUCUACCGUCUGCGCCCUGUAGCAAAACCUCCUCAAACUCCUCCUCGCCGUCUCCCUCCCUGCGCUCCUCUCCCUCCUCCCCUCUGUCGCCUUCCUCCUCCUCCAUCUCCACUUCCAGCGACGCGGACUCUGACGGGACGCCCUGUAAGACGGCGAAGCAGCAGCCGCCGCCGACCGGCCGGGGGAACAGCAAACACAGAGAAAAGUCUGCGGUCGUCAAUAACAACCGAUCACAGAGCAACAGCAACAGCACUCCAGCAGGAAGCAACAAGGGAGGAAAGGCCAGGAUGUCUCGUUCUCACCAGAAGAGCGGCAACCACACACAGCAGAGCUCGACCUCCACCACCACCAAAAGUCAACAGAGCAACAAGCCUCACCAGCAGGGCAACAGCAAGAAGAGGAAAAAUGUGCGGGACUCCACACAGGAAGAGCUCUGCAGAUAGGGGACACCAUGCGUCUCUGUGACUGUCCUGUCCCUCUACUUCUGCUGCAGAGUCAGCCUCCGGAGGUCGUUGGGAGAUGAACCCACAGCCAAUCUGUCGAGCUUCUUACGGGGAAGUUGGCAAGGAAAUAAAAAGAACAAAAAAAAAUAAAGAAUUGUUUUAGGAAAAGGGAGUUUCAUUUCUUGGACCUGGAUUGAGAUCGUAAGGAUAAACGCUCACACGCCUCCCUAAAGCUUCUCUUACGGAGUGGAUUUCCUUCCCACAGCCACAAAAACAUGCCUCUUGCGCCUCCUGCUGUACGGGAACACAGGAAUAAUCGACUGCGGAGCAAAACCUGCUGCUGCUGCUGCUGGCUGGAAAUACAAUGAUGUUUUUAUCCCCAAAAAAAAAGGAAAAAAUGGCUGAAAAUGUACAAAAUCAAAGAUGUGUGAGAACAGAUGUUAUAACGAUGGUUACUUACAAAUGCAAUCAGUUAGAGUGGGACAUAACUUAUGCAUGAUUUUUUUUUUUUCGUUGGUUGAUUUUUCUGUUAAUCUGUUUUGUUAUGUCUAAACAGAUUAUACAAAGAUUUGUAAAAAAAAAAAAAAAACACAUACGCAAAAAACGAAUAUAUACGAGUAAGAAGAAAAUGUUUCAUAAUACCUUUUUACAAGAUAUACCGAUGGAAGACAUGUAAACCUGCCCUUUUUUUGGCCAAAGCCAAGAUUUUGGGCGUCCCAUUGCCAACAUAUAUCAUCAGCAUUGACUUCUCUCUGUGAGUGUUCACAUACACACACAUCACUAAAGACCUCUGCACACAUCACUAAAGACCUCUGCACACAUCACACCAGUGCAGAUGAGACUACAGGUAUACAUGAACAAGAGGUGGUUUUUAUCCAGAAAUGCUACUCUUGGUGUGUUAACUGUUGGUGUUCCUUUUGGUAAUUUACCCACUGCAAAAUCAUUUGUAUUUGUUAAAUGUAUUUAUUUUUUUAUUAAUUAUAUGAACAUAGUAUGGAGAGAUGUAUAAUUAACAUUAGAGCCUGUAUCGUUGAGGCCUAUAUUGAAGUAGGGUGAGUUGAGCGCGAGGGUGGGAUAUGUUCAGGUUCAGAAAAAUAAUCACAUUUAUUAUCAAUUCAUUUGUUUUUUUCAGUGACAGUUGAGUGACCAAGUUUCUUUUAAGACGUUAAGAGACCAUUUUAAAAGUCCAACAGUAAGGACUCUGUUUUAAUGUGUGGCUGGUCUACCUACUUUAAAAGCAAACUGUAUUUUAUUUCUGAAAUAUCAUAGCAACAAUCUUCAAUAUGUCCGCUCCCUCUCUCCUGUAGAUGGCGUCAUUGCUCAGACUCUGAAUCCACAGUUUGGAUACUGCUUUUGGAUGGGUCCUUUCUGCGUGAUUUCUUUAAAUAAUGUUCUGAUUAUUCAUCCGAAUGAGCAGCACAUGUGGAGUGCAUGCUGGAGGGGGUUUCCCACCAAAAGCACACCACCACCAUCCUCUUUUUGUCUCAACAGGUAGACAGCAAUAACAACAGCCUUUUCAUGAAAUGCAGAAUGAUCCUCUUCAGACUCACCGCUGUUCCAUCUUCUGUGUUCAGACACUGAAGCAUAUUUUGAUAACUUGCAGCCAACUGUAUGUGGUGUUGAAAAGUUGAAGGUACAAUUGAUCGCCCCCCUCUUUCCUCAUCCCUCGGUGCUACAGUGGAGGUUUUAAAUGCAGUGUGUAAGUGCUGGAGAAUCAAGUUAGCCGUGCCAUCUGAAUGUCCACUGACCAUGUUCACUGCAGGAAGGAUUCAAACCCAACUGUACUCAUCUGAAACGUCUGCAGCUACUACAAUUCAUGCAAUAAAAACAGUCCAAUUACA